AUGUCAGAAAGUGUGGAUUCACUUUCUGGGAGCCACAUCCCAGAUACUUUCAUCCUGCUGGGGGUCCCGGGGCUGGAGGCGCUCCACUCCUGGAUCUCCAUCCCCUUCUGUCUCGGCUACCUCGUUGCUCUCACGGGCAACUGCACCAUCCUCUUCAUCGUGAAGACAGAGCCAACCCUCCACCAGCCCAUGUUCUACUUCCUCUCCGUCCUUUCGGCCAUCGACCUGGGCCUCUCCACCUCCACUCUGCCCAAGAUGCUGGCCAUCUUCUGGUUUGGCCUUGGGGAGAUCAGCCAUGGGGCCUGCCUGGCUCAGAUGUUCUUCAUCCACAGCUUCACGGGGAUGGAGUCUGUCGUGCUGCUAGCCAUGGCCUUUGACAGGUACGUGGCCAUCUGUGACCCUCUGAGAUACACCACUAUCUUGACCAAGGCCAGGGUAGCCUGGAUGUGUGCUUCUGUUGUGCUGAGGACAUUCCUACUUGUGCUGCCCAUUGCCCUGUUGACUCUCCGCCUGCCCUUUUGCAGCGAUCACAUCAUCGUUGCCCACACCUACUGCGAGCACAUGGGCAUUGCCAAGCUGGCCUGUGCCGACAUCCGGAUCAAUAUGAUCUAUGGCUUGUUCACUAUUACCUUCCUCAUGCUUGAUGUGGUCUUCAUUCUUUUGUCCUACGUGCUGAUCUUGCAGUCUGUUUUCCGGCUCCCCUCCAAAGAGGCCCGGCUCAAAUCCCUGGGCACUUGCGGUUCCCAUGUGGCCGUGAUUUGUGUCUUCUACACUCCUGCCUUCUUCUCCUUCCUCACCCACCGCUUUGGGCGCAACAUCCCCCAUUAUGCGCAUAUCCUCAUUGCCAACCUCUAUGUCAUUUUGCCCCCGGUGCUCAACCCCGUCAUUUACGGCAUCCGGACUCGGGAGCUGCGCAGCAGGAUCCUGAAGUUCUUGUUCUCCAAAAGGGGGCCUUUGUCCAAUGUCUCCUGA